AUUACUAUUGCGGUUGCACGCGCGCUCACCUUUCUCGGGCCUUUUCCACUGUUAUGUCGCGAGCCCAAUGCUGCCAGCUGCGGCACGUUCCUCUCUGUUUUGUGAGCCCUCGCGCGGACGAAGAGACAUUUUGUGAGCCUCCAGACUUGCUGAGAAUGAGCCCCGCAUAACUCCGGGUAUUGUUGUUAUCUACCCCCUCCUUUCUCUCUCUUUUUCCCCUAUCCCGCGCUCUCCAAGUUGAGUCAUUGUUCAUAAGUAUGGUAGAUAAAGGCCCCUUGUUGACUUCUGCCAUUAUUUUUUACCUGUCCAUUGGGGCGGCAAUUUUUCAAGUCCUGGAGGAGCCCAAUUGGAAGCUGGCUGCAAAGCAGUAUAGUGCCAAGAAGGAUAAAAUACUUGAGGACUAUCCCUGUCUGUCGAAAGAUGAUUUGGACAAAAUAUUAGAGGUGGUGUCAGAUGCUGCAGGCCAAGGAGUGACUAUCACAGGCAGUAAGACGUUCAACAACUGGAACUGGCCAAAUGCUGUUAUCUUUGCCGCCACUGUUAUCACUACUAUUGGAUAUGGAAACAUUGCCCCAAAAACCUCGGCAGGCCGUAUGUUUUGCAUCUUCUACGGGCUGUUUGGUGUGCCUUUAUGUCUUACCUGGAUCAGUGAGCUGGGCAAGUUCUUUGGUGGCAGAGCCAAGCACCUGGGCCAGUAUUUAACCAAAAAAGGCUUUUCACUGAGAAAAGCUCAAUUUACCUGCACAGCCAUCUUUCUCCUCUGGGGUGUGCUGGUCCAUUUAGUCCUCCCACCUUUUGUGUUUAUGUCUCAGGAGGGUUGGACAUAUGUUGAAGGCUUGUACUUCUCAUUCGUCACCUUGACCACAAUUGGUUUUGGGGACUUGGUAGCAGGUGUGGAACCAAAUAAAGAAUAUCCAACUUUGUACCGUUACUUUGUGGAAGUCUGGAUUUAUCUGGGGUUGGCCUGGCUUUCUUUGUUCUUCAACUGGAAAGUACGGAUGGUAAUUGAAGCUCACAAGGCACUGAAGAAACGCCGCAAGCUGCGCAAGCUAUCCCUUGAUGAGCUUCGACACUACAAAGAGUCUCACAAAGCUGCCCUUCGUUUGUCUCCCACUCCAAAUGAUGUCAACAUUUUCAGCUUCUUGUCCAAGAAGCAGGAAGGCUAUAAUGACUUGAUAAAGCAGAUUGGCUCCAAAAAAGAUGGCAGCACCAAAUGUGGCUCUGGCAACACCAUCAAUAAAUCCAAAGAGAUGGGUCGUUCCAAGAGUUGCAAUGAUGCUCCUGUGUAUAAUGGUCAUACCAUCCUUAGCUUGGACCGCUCACCACGCCAAAAGAGACGCUAUAGUUUCAGUGACCGUGUCACUGUUGCUUUUUCAAAGUCCAAGAACUACCUCCUCGGCUCAGACAAUGGUUUGCUGCUAACAGACGACCAUGUAGAGGGUGACCUAGAACUUGAUCAGGACCCAAUGUAUGAGAACCAACUUGACAAGGACAUUGACCUCGAGAAUGGAGGCGUGGGAGAGUGUGGAGCAGGUGGUCGUAGGACAUGGGAAUUUAAAGAGUACCAUCCUCUAACAAUCCAAAAUGCAAACAUUACUUUUAUUGAUGAGGAAAACUUUCUCAGCAAUAAUCUGGAGGAGUUGGAGGAGGAGGAUGACGAUGAUGAUGGCGAUGAUGAUGAUUCUAAAGCAAAAAUAUCCAUUACUACAUGUGAUGAAAACAUUGAAACAGACUCCAAAGAGGAGCAGAGUUCUGAAUCUGAAGGAUCUGUUUUCACUAGUGAUGAUUCUGAGCACAGCCAUUCCUAUGAGAAACUUGUGGAGGAAUAUGCAAAGGAAGACAAUACAGAAUCUUGAGAUGUCAGAGUUGACCUAUGUCAAGUUAACACAUCUCCCUGGUCCUCUGUUGUUGUCUAGCAUUGAAGUAUAUGUAUUCUAAUGUGAAUCAUUUAAAAGGAUAUCAAAAGUCCCAUUGCACUUUGAGGGUCUAAUAAUGAGACUGCAAAACCAAGAUCAAAUUUAAAAUCAGUGUUCUGUUAAUCCCCAUCAUUUUGGCUUACAAGAAUUGAGUGUUCUUGUAAAGUCUUGAACAAAGGGUUUCCUUCAUCUUGGGGAAUAUGGACUACAGAGUAUGACAUGUAGCCCUGUGAGUAUUUAAUGUCUGCUCUGUUUAUGUCUCACUUUUUAUAUACAGUUUGAAAAACUAUAUUCCAUGUAUUUUAUUGUCAUGUGUGAACAAAAAAUUGUCUAUGAGUGUGUAUUUUCUACUCAUAGGCUCAUGAGAAAUUCUGUGUGGAAAUUAGUUGGAUUUCCUGUAGUUUCAUCUAUUUAUGUUCACCAUAUUGGUGUUUUUAUAAUAUUUAUUAAAAUGAAGGGCAUGGUAGCUUUUAUUCAGUGCUACAUGGGUUUAUAUGUCUCCCAUUGCACAAUUCCACCAAAUGAGGACAGAUGAAAGUCCAUACUAGUGCAGAUUGUCCUUUUAAAACCUGAGCCAAGCGUUUGUCUUAAAGAAAUGAAGGAGGUUAAGGGCUUUCUCCUUUUUCCUUUUUCUUUUUUCCUUUGGUAUUUCAUUUGUACAUUAUUGUAAAGUCCUUGAUGAUUUGUUGUCGAUUUAUUUUUGACUAGAGUAGUGACUGCAUAAGGAAUCAGCGAAUAUUAAAAUCUGAGUCCUAGAAUCAACUGAGAGUAAACAGACUUAUGAGCAAAGAGACACUAUAGACUAAGUUGGGUUUUGGGGGGGUUUGAUUGGUACACACCUUUCCUGAGGUUUUUUUUUUUUAAUGCUGUAUGUAUUGUUACAUACAGUAGGUGCCUCUCUGAAUACACGUAAACUGGUUUUAUAAACACAUUUCUUAUGGUUAUGUUUUACUGCUGACUGCUCCAGUUGUCAGAUCUGUGACCUCAGCCCUUUGCAAUGUCUGUGGAUAAUGGUAGCGUUUUUUUCACGGCAACAACAUUCUUACUUUCUGUCUCUUUAGCACCCUUUCACUUGAUAGUAUUUGCAAUGUAAAUAUUGGCUGAAAGCCCAUCAGUAGCUUCAAACACAGCUCUGCCCAGGACACGGCCUUGCUACUCUUGUUUGCUUUCUGGGGGCUUGCACCAGGCUUGAAUGACUGAAGUACUGCUUAUGACAGGCAGCCAAGGUUAACUUGUGACAAAUCGAUUCUCUCUUGACGUAUGUUUCGGUCAUGAGACCAAGUCUGCCGUAUUUGUGUAGUUUCCCCUUUUGCUUCAUGUCCAGCUGUAACCCGAUUGUCCAAUACUUUUCAAUCCCUCUCUCUCUCUCUCUUUUUUUUAAGGGCCUUCAUUUACAUUGCUAUCUCACUGCCUUUUGCACAUGUUAACUUGCACACAAAAACUUGAAACUGUGUUACUUUGAGUAGUAAAAUCACAGUGAUGCAGUGUCACAAAGGGCUACUUGGAAUUUAAAACCAGUCGUCUUAAUCCAGCCAAAUCCACAGACAGUAUACUGUAAAUAAUCCAAUGUUUGCAGGGUUUUUUUGUGAAUAGACAAAGUGCACAAACCUAUUCUUCUCUCUGCCUUACAACUAUCGAGUCAUAGCCUUGAGAGGAGAAAUACAAUACAGUGUAACAUCUAUUGAAUGUAUUUACAGUGACUCUGAAAAGCUGUAGUCCUUCACACUGGGUGUUUUUAUUUUCCCUUCUCCUUUCUUCCUUUGUUCUCCCUUUUUUUAUGUGUCAUCACAGGGCCACCACUUUAUUGUAUGUUAACAAUCCUCUUUCAUUUUCUCUGGUUUUCCUGGUUGUGUUGGUGCAGCAUUGUUAUGCAACCAUGGUACUUGUGACUGAAUUUCAAGCAUGUCUCUAGAUAAUUAACUAAGAACAGGUUAGACAGGUUUAGGCCAUAGUCUGAAGUUUUAUUGUUGCUCCAUUGUGUUUAAAAAAAAACUCCAGAACAGUUCUCUGUACAGUUUUAGUUGUCUUUUUUUAUGAAUAAAUUAUUCAUGUUUGUAAAGGUUUGUAUAUGAAUUUCAAACAAAACUGUAUAUUUCGUGUAAAAUAAACAUUUAAUAAAA